GAGCGGGACCUUUUGCUUGAGACCCACGCAAGUCAGGGAUCGAAUCCAGCAAGCCUCCUUUAACCCCCGGAAAACACCCCCAGCGCGGUGAGCGGUCAGGGGCGCAUUCGCCAAUCAAAAACAAGGGCUGCAUGAAUCGGGCGAGAUGAGGUUUCCACCCGUCACCGUCCUGGUCUAAGCUUGCUUCCAUUACUUUUCCAUGACCUCUCUGCUGCGGACCUGCUUCGUCUCGGCUUGCGCCAACACUCUUUUUAACACACGCGACACCAACUCGUUGAACCUCCACAAGGCUGCCGUCGACGCCAGAAGAACGACCCGCCUCCACGCUCCCCCUAUCCCUCACCGCUUCUCCCGACAUUCUCUUGCCACCCCCGCCGCCAGGCCAGGCCGCCGACGAAGACCUCUGCGCAAACCCACACACUCCUUUAAACAACCGAAGCAGUCCACGAAGCGAGCCGAAGUCGCUCACCGUAACCCAGAAUCCCCAAACCCGGAAUCUCCCAAGCCGGCAUCUCCCAAAAAUAUGGAUGAGAUGGUGUUACUCCAGCGGUCCAUGGACGAGAAUAUGCGGAACGGGAUCUCGACUCCUGAAGCGAGCCGCCACCCGAGCCGUGGAGGGAGCCGUGACGACACCAAACCGCGGCGCUUCCCAGAUGACCCUAUCUCGCCCCCCCCUUCGCACAUGGGCGAUCUGAUCGAGACUCGUUCGGCACGAUCCGCCUCAACAACUUCGAGGAGCACGAACAGAUUGUCCCUCACCUUGCCUAUCAUGCCCCCCACGGCCCUGCCUUUACGGCCGACGCCGGCCUCUACCACCACUCCCGCUUUCCCCCCAACACCGCUCGACACUCCUUCCCUAAUGUCCCCUGUUGACUCAACCGAUUUCAUUACUGCGAUAGCGGCGCAGGAACGACACGUGAUGGAACUGAGGGAAGAGCUUAGCCGUGCCGAGUCGGAGCUUACAAAACUCAAAAAGCAAUGGGCGACCCACGAGGCUUACAAGAAGAAGAAGACCGGGCGGCGAAACCCGGAGCCCAUCGCCGGUCUCGGACCGGCCGCCGAGAUGCAGGAUGAAACCGCAGUCCGGCGCAGCGCCGAGAUUGAUAGGAGGAAGGCGCUACUCGGUCAGCAGAGUCAGCAAUCCACGCCGGAGAGGAGUCGGCGACGUGUGUUUAACGGAAGACACGCGCGAACCCUGUCGCUGUUGUCUCCUACGAGGCCGACAAGCUCCUUUUCCGCAAGUGACGAGGAGCCCGAGAGCGCAAAGUUUGACUUGGACCACCGCUUGGCGGCUGAACCAUUCAGUCUGCCGUCUAAGCGCGCGACCUGGGCAGCGCGGCCCACACAAACCGCCGCGGUGAAGCAACUCGCAGAGGACCUUAAGUCGGGGCUCUGGACCUUUAUGGAGGACCUGCGGCAGGCAACGGUGGGCGAGGAGCCCAUCACCGGCCACCAAGGGGGGAACAUGCGGAACAUGGACGGCAACAUGAGGUCGGCCACCGUAAGGAACCCCAAUAACGCCGGCGAUCAGGAUACCAUCCGGGCGUCGGGCAACCCGCGGCCGCGCAUUCCAUCCGCCUUCAACGAAGCAUCUAACCAAGCGGGAGAAGGCCCAGAGGAAGAAGACGGCGACCAGAACGACAACGGACCCCCGCGGCCCACCACGCUCCGCCGCUCCAAGACGGACGCCGGCGCGCGCGGCACCAAGCGCUUUUCCUGGACCCCCCUGACCAUGGACGCGUACGACGACAACGACUGGUCCAACUGGGACAGCCCCAGCACGCAGUCCCCCCGCUGGAGCGGCACCACCGCCAACGGGGACAUCAUCCCCACCAUCCCCGAGAAGCGCGCCGACGACGAGGGCGAGAACACGCCUCUCAGGAACCAACAGGCCUCCCGACCCCGCGCCGCCGGCCCGCCGUCCCCAACCCUGUCGGCGGCCGCGACCGAGGCGGCGCUGGACGAGGCGCCCGCGACACCAUCUGGCCCGCAUCAUAACAACAACAAGCUCGAGGACCUGCUCCCCCAGAUGCUCAUGAACAAGCUCGCGCCCAGCAACCUCAAGCGCACCGCGUCCGACUUCAUGAAGGAGUGGGAGCGCAGCCUGGUGGCGCCCGCCGAGGCUGAGGUGAAGCCGGCGGCUACGGCGGGUGCGGGUGAGGCUGGGGAGAGGGCGGUUUGAAGAGUGGACAACCGUUUUCGCGUCUGCGGUUAUUUUUUAUUAUUCUUUUUUAUCUCCGCUCUGUUCUAUACACGGUACCCGCGUCUGCUGUGUAGGCAGGCAGUAGGGGUGGUUGAUUGCGGGGGUGAUAUCUUUCCCCCGCACCGUUGGAUUGGUGCUGCUGAUGGUCAAGCGUUGUUGG